UUUUUAAUUUAUUCUCAAGGGAGGAGAGGGAAUGGCUGGUCAAACGGAAACACAAGAAUAUGAGUUCGAGAGAACGCUGAUGCAUGGACGUUAUCGUAGUGAGCUGGGAGGGUUUGCCCGUGAGAUAGCAGCCUCUCAGAGAGAAAGAGAUGCCCAGAGGAUGAAAAUGGCGUCGGUAGCAAAACAUCAAAGACGGGAACUGAGAAAAAGAUCAUUUAAUAUAUUCAAGACCUAUAUAGCUCCUUAUGUUGGUGACUGGUUGUUCAUACUAAUGCUAGGACUACUAAUGGCCGUACUGUCAUUCAUCAUUGAUUAUCUCAUACAAAUACUCGGAGAAGCUCAUCAAGUUCUUAGCUUAAAGCUGAUAGCUGACUCUCACUGGUUUCUUAAGGCAUUUCUGUGGGUUGUGUUUCCAUUGAUACUGAUACUCUUCUCUGUUGGCUUUGUUCAACUAGUGUCUGUUCAUGCUAUUGGCUCAGGUAUACCAGAGAUGAAGACUGUCCUGAGAGGUGUCAAUCUACCCAAUUACCUUUCAUUCAGGACCUUCAUAUCAAAGACUGUGACACUAAUAACAGCAGCAGGGAGCACACUACCCAUUGGGAAGGAGGGUCCUUUUGUUCACAUAUCAAGUAUAAUUGCUGAGAUUAUGUCUCGCAUCAUUGGAAAAUAUGUUAAGAUCUUUAAUCAUAUUUUUGCUAAUGAAGCCCAUACUAAUGAGCUGUUAGCUGCUGCCUGUGCUGUUGGUGUCUCCAGUAAUUUUGCUGCUCCCAUUGGAGGCGUGUUAUUCAGCAUUGAAGUAACUGCCACUUAUUUUGCCGUGAGGAAUUACUGGAGGGGAUUCUUUGGGGCUGUAUCUGGUGCCUUCCUCUUCCGUCUCAUCGCCGUGUGGGUCAAACAAGAGGAGACUAUUACUGCUCUCUUUAAGACUUCCUUUGACAUUGUCUUCCCUUUCGAUCCUUUGGAAAUAAUGGCCUUUGCUUUUAUUGGGGUCCUUUUGUUCACAUAUCAACUGACUCAGAAGACAGCACUGGAGCAGUUAUUCAGUAAUUUCACUUGGUGGAGGAUAAGAGAUGAUCGGUUUGACUUACCUGAUGACAGCAUUCAGAGACAAGUACUAGACCAAUGGGGGAACACCUCUAUAUUUGCUUCCCUCACUCUGUUCAUUCUGUUCAAGUUUGUGUUCACUACCAUUGCUGUUGCUCUUCCCAUUCCAGCUGGUGUAUUCUUUCCCGUAUUUAUUAUCGGUGCUGCAUUUGGUCGUGUGGUUGGGGAGCUCAUGGACUUUGCUUUUGUGAAUGGGAUCAAUGGUCGGCUCAUCAGUCCAGGAGGAUAUGCUGUGGUGGGUGCUGCAGCAAUGGCGGGAGGCGUCACACACACAAUAUCAACAUCAGUCAUAGUCUUUGAACUAACUGGACAGAUAACACACAUACUCCCUGUCAUGAUUGCUGUUUUAAUAUCAGUUGCUGUAGCUUCAUUGAUCCAACCAUCAUUCUAUGACAGUAUUAUAUUACUGAAAGAGCUACCAUUCCUCCCUGACAUCAAACUACACAAGUAUUAUGAUUUAUAUGCACGUGACAUUAUGAGAAAGAAUGUACUGUAUAUUACGUAUCAAUCAACAUAUCGAGACAUUCGUCAGCUACUGAGGACGUCUAAACAAUACUCAUUCCCUCUUGUCGACAGUGAAGAGUCUCGUAUAUUGAUUGGCUCCGUCUCGCGUAAUAAUCUUCACAAACUUGUCGAUGCCCAGUUGGAGGGUGUUUAUGAACAUGCCAAAGAAAUAAAGCAAAGAGAAAGAGAAAAUGAAGAGGAUCCUCUUCGUGCUAGUCCUGAGCGACCUUCAUCCCCAAGACUCUCUGUUGUUGUGCAGUCCAUGUCAGAAGGUUUCAAUAGAAUAUUUAAGUUUGGCGACGAGGCAGAUGGUGAUGAUAAUACUAAUGAAGAUCUAACAUAUAUCAUAAGAUCUGAGUCAGAAUCAAGUGAAUUUUUACUUCGAUUGGAAGAGCAGCAGCUGUCACAAAGAGCUGAAUUCCCCUCGACUAUGAUAGACCCAUCUCCAUUCCAACUAGUGGAAAUGACGUCACUAACAAAAGUUCACAGUCUAUUCUCACUCCUCACUCUUUCUCAUGCCUAUGUCACUAGUCUUGGUAAACUGGUCGGGGUAGUCACACUAACUGAUCUGUCUGAUGCUAUUGAAGGCAAAAAAGGUAGCAUAAAAACAAAGUAUAAUGACACUGAUGAAGAGGAGCAGCACGACCGUUAUGAACUAGAAACUGUUGCUGCAUCAGAACACACAACAGAAAUUGAUGCUACUAUCAUGUAAUAUGGACACUAUUACAAUAAUUGAUGCACUUAUGAUAAUUACACUGUUUUAAUCUUUUUGUAUAUUCUCUUUUAGCUGUUUUUGUGCAUUUUAAAUUAUAAAACUAA